AUGGCUCGCUCAAGGAGCUCAAUGGCCCUUGGCCUGGGACUCCUUUGUUGGAUCGCCCUCCUCUUCUCUCCUCUGGCCUUUGUGCAGACUGCUCAGGCUGACGAGAUUGACAACUACGGAACCGUUAUUGGCAUUGAUCUGGGAACCACAUACAGCUGUGUCGGUGUGAUGCAGAAGGGCAAGGUCGAGAUUCUCGUCAACGAUCAGGGUAACCGAAUCACUCCCUCAUACGUCGCCUUUACCGAGGACGAGCGUCUCGUCGGUGACGCCGCCAAGAACCAGGCCGCCGCUAACCCCACCAACACCAUCUACGACAUCAAGCGUCUUAUCGGCCGCAAGUUCAGCGAGAAGGAGCUCCAGAACGAUCUCAAGCACUUCCCCUACAAGGUCAUCAACAAGGAUGACCGACCCGUCGUUCAGGUCCAGGUCGAUGGUGCCAAGAAGCAGUUCACUCCCGAGGAGAUUUCUGCCAUGGUCCUUGGCAAGAUGAAGGAGACCGCCGAGGGCUACCUGGGCAAGAAGGUCACCCACGCCGUCGUCACUGUUCCCGCCUACUUCAACGACAACCAGCGACAGGCCACCAAGGACGCCGGUGUCAUUGCCGGUCUCAACGUCCUCCGAAUCGUCAACGAGCCCACCGCCGCCGCCAUCGCCUACGGUCUGGACAAGACUGACGGUGAGCGCCAGAUCAUUGUCUACGAUCUUGGUGGUGGUACCUUCGAUGUCUCUCUCCUGUCCAUCGACGACGGCAUCUUCGAGGUCCUGGCCACCGCUGGUGACACCCAUCUUGGUGGUGAGGAUUUCGACCAGCGUGUCAUCAACUACUUCGCCAAGAGCUACAACAAGAAGAACAACGUCGACAUCACCAAGGACCUCAAGGCCAUGGGCAAGCUCAAGCGUGAGGCCGAGAAGGCCAAGCGUACCCUUUCUUCUCAGCUCAGCACUCGCAUUGAGAUCGAGGCCUUCUUCGAGGGCAACGACUUCUCCGAGACCCUGACCCGCGCCAAGUUCGAGGAGCUCAACAUUGACCUCUUCAAGAAGACCAUGAAGCCUGUUGAGCAGGUUCUCAAGGACGCCAAGCUCAAGAAGACCGACGUUGAUGACAUCGUCCUCGUUGGUGGUUCUACCCGUAUCCCCAAGGUUCAGCAGCUCAUCGAGGAGUACUUCGGUGGCAAGAAGGCCUCCAAGGGUAUCAACCCCGAUGAGGCUGUCGCUUUCGGCGCCGCUGUCCAGGCUGGUGUUCUUUCUGGCGAGGAGGGUACUUCCGGUGUCGUCCUCAUGGACGUCAACCCCCUGACCCUCGGUAUUGAGACCACCGGCGGAGUCAUGACCAAGCUGAUUCCCCGCAACACUGCCAUCCCCACCCGCAAGAGCCAGAUCUUCUCUACUGCCGCUGAUAACCAGCCCGUCGUCCUGAUCCAGGUCUACGAGGGUGAGCGAUCUCUUACCAAGGAUAACAACAUCCUCGGCAAGUUCGAGCUUACCGGCAUCCCUCCCGCUCCCCGUGGCGUUCCCCAGAUCGAGGUUUCUUUCGAGCUCGACGCCAACGGUAUCCUCAAGGUCUCUGCUCACGACAAGGGCACUGGCAAGCAGGAGUCCAUCACCAUCACCAACGACAAGGGCCGUCUGACCCAGGAGGAGAUUGAGCGCAUGGUCGCCGAGGCUGAGAAGUACGCCGAGGAGGACAAGGCCACCCGUGAGCGCAUCGAGGCCCGAAACGGCCUUGAGAACUACGCCUUCUCUCUCAAGAACCAGCUCGCCGAUGAGGAGGGUCUUGGUGGCAAGAUUGACGAGGAGGACAAGGAGACUAUCCUCGACGCUGUCAAGGAGACUACUGAGUGGCUCGAGGAGCACGGCGCUGACGCCACCGCCGAGGACUUUGAGGAGCAGAAGGAGAAGCUGUCCAACGUCGCCUACCCCAUCACCUCCAAGAUGUACCAGGGUGCUGGUGGCGAGCAGCAGGAGGACUCUUCCUUCCACGAUGAGCUUUAA